AUGAGACACGCAUCCUUUUUCUCGAGAACAGUUCUUGUGAAGGACAACAACAUAGAAGGCUCAUUCCGAAUCCUGAAUAAGAUCCUCGGCAACGAAGGUUUCCUGGACCAGUGGAGAAGAACCAGGUACUAUGAGAAGCCGACACAAGUGAGACGCCGCGUCAAUUACGAACGCUGCAAGUCUAUCUACGACGAGGACAUGAACAGGAAGAUCCAGUUCUUGCUGAGAAAGAACAGAGUCGACCCUUUUCCGGGCUGUCAUUAA